AUGCGAAAGUGUCCACAUCGCUCUGGAUUCGUGCUGCAUCGAGGCGCGUGGGAGGAGAUUCUAGUGCGGGCGCAACGGGCUCUUCGCGGCGAUGGCAGCAAGAGAUCGAUCUUGCUAGCGGCAUUGAAGGCGUGCGGCAAUGCGCGGGAGCUCGAGACGGGUACGCUGAUCCAUGGCGAGAUCGAGCCGGAGCGGGGGCUGGAUUUGUGUGUGGCAAACACACUGAUCAGCAUGUACGCGAAAUGCGGGAGGAUGGGCGACGCUCGCAGGAUUUUCGAGGGGAUUCCAGCGCCAGACGUGAUCUCGUGGAACGUUUUGGCGCUCGGGUGUGCCGAGAACGACGAAGAAGAACUGGCUCUGGAAUUGCUGGAGAGAAUGAAGGAUUGCGGGGGCGAUGCCCGUCCAAAUGCAAGAACAUUUCUCGCGGCGGUGAAGGCUUGUAGCUCUCUGGCAGGGAAGGAACAGGGAACGCUAGUGAAUGGAAAGCUGGUGAAAGUCCGGGCAUUAGAGAAGGGAAGUAGAGUCCAUUCUGGAGCAGUGAUGGACGCGUUUGUGGCCAACUCUCUCGUGGACAUGUACGCAAAGUGUGGAAGCAUGGAGAAUUCCCGACAGGUCUUUGACAGGAUGCCGGCUCACAGUGUGGUUUCGUGGACUUCUGUGAUGCUGGGCUAUGCCGAGAACGGCCAGGGGGAGUCGGCUCUAGAACUCUUCCAACGUAUCGUCGACUUGGACGACGACUUCUCCAGCGCAGAUGCCUCGAUCUUUGUCGCUGCGUUGAAGGCAUGCACGAGCUUGGCAGCGAAAGAGAGUGCCAGGCAAAUCGAUGGGAUCUUCGUCAAGACGUCCGCUCUGGAGAGAGGCAUCUUUGUUCACGCCAGAGCGUCCAAGAGCGGCUGGGACCGUGAUAUUUGCGUUGCCAGCACCCUGGUAAACAUGUAUGCCAAGUGUGGGAGUAUGGACAACGCUUGCAUGGUUUUCAACAGCAUGCCUCGCCACGACACUGUCUCGUGGACUGCAAUGAUGAUCGGCUAUGGCGAGCACGGAGAUGGCGAGCUCGUCCUCAAGCUCUUCGAGCAGAUGCAGGCUCAAGAGAAAGAAGCCGGCACGCUGAUCGACGGAAAGGUUGUCAAAGUCCAAUCUGUGGAGAAAGGCAUGGCUAUGCACCAUCAAGCUAAAAGACAUGCCUGCGACUCAAACAGCUUUGUCUCCAACAGCAUGAUAGAUAUGUACGUCAAGUGUGGGAGCAUACUGGAUGCCAGGAUAGUCUUUGACAGGAUGCUACAGCCUACUGUCGUGUCGUGGAACGCCUUAAUGGCAGGGUACGUGGAAAGCGGCGAUCUGACACUGGUCCUCGAGCUUUUUACAGGUAUGCAACUCAAAGGUUUCUUACCGGAUGCUCUAACUUAUGUUUACGUGUUGAAGGCCUGCAUUGGAUUGGCAGAAGGUGAGAGCAGCCUGCAGCUGGAUGGGAGGAGGAUAAAAGUUGAGUCUUUGGAAAGAAGCAUGGCUUUACACUCUCGAGCUGCCGCCAGCGGUUUGGAUACGGACAUGUUUGUGGCUGGCUCCUUGAUCGACCUUUACGCGAGCUGUGGGAGCAUGGCCGACGCUCGCCGCGUUUUCGACAGGUUACCUCUGCAUGACGUUGUCUCUUGGACCGCUCUGAUUUCUGGUUAUGCAGAAACUGGAGAAGGAGAUGUGGCUCUGGAGUUGUUCCGAUAUAUGCGAGGCGCCGGAUGCUCUCCAGAUGCUCAGACCUUUGUUGCCGCACUCCAGACCUGUGGCAGCUCCGUGGCCUUGGCAUCUGUGAAAGCCAUUCAUGCGGACAAGCUCAAAGGCGGUCUAGAGAACGACGAGUUUUUGGAGACAUCACUGGUGGAUGCGUACGGGAAAUGUGGACGAGCGGUCGAGGCACAGCAGCUGUUUGAUGCGCUUCCCCGACUGGAUCCACCGACCUGGACAAGUCUCAUAGCAGGCUACAGCCGCCAGGGAGACAGCAAGAGAGUGAUCGAGUUCUUCCACGCGAUGCAGCGGGAAGGCUUUCAAGCGGACGAGAUUACGUUCGUGUGUCUCCUCAGCGCGUGCAGCCAUGCCGGUUUCGUGGAGAAGGGGAAGAAGUACUUUGAGCUCAUGCUCCCGAGGUACCGGGUGAGAGCUACUCUGGAACACUACGUGUGCAUGAUCGACAUCUAUGGUCGUGCAAACGAGCUGGAGGCCGCGCUAGAGAUGCUCCGCAACAUGCCGUUCGAAGCCAAUGCCGUUGCUUGGAGGACUCUGCUGGCCGCGUGUGCCAAAUGGAACAACAUGGUGGUGGCGAAAGUGGCCUUCGAUUCUCUAGUGGAGCUGGACCAGGCAAGCGCUGCGGCUUACUCCUUGAUGGGAAACAUCUACGGAAGCACAGGCAUCAAAACCACGUCGACAAACUGGCUUUCACACAAGAGACACUGCUAAGAAAGAGGAUACUGAGAACUCACUGUUCUUCCUUUCAGCUAAGAAAGGAAAUCAGAGGAACAGCUUAUAUCA